AUGGGGAAGUCUACAUCACUGAAGGUUGUCUCAACGACUGCCAACAAGGCGGGCGGGUUCACACCCAAAUCGGUUUCUGUUGCCAAAAAGAGCGGAAAGAAAAGAUUGGAAAAUGCAUCUGCAGUUGAUUUACGUCAACCUAAGGAAAGGGAUCCUAGUGUCAACAAUGAUUCGGAGAUUCAAGAGCUGAUCGCAUCUCUUCCACCACUGAUCGAAUUUGGCUUAUCUGCUCACAAAUUGAUUGCUAUCGGCUACAACUAUUUCAACUAA